AACUUGCUGACAGAAUUACUACUAGAUGCAUGUGCUGAAUGCUUUCUGGUACCACCUGCUUAAAAUGUUCUCGGUCAAAACUAAUAGUUGGUAUUUCUGGAUGGUUACAUAUUACACCUCUGUGGCUUCAAUGGGUUGCCUCGACUCCUGUAACAAAUCUACCCUCCAGGCUUCCCUGGGCUCUGUGGUACUCUUGUCAUGCAGCUUUGGGUCCAUGUACCUGGAGAAAAGUCCUUACCGUACUUGGGUGGUGUGGAGUCAUGGCUCUAAUUCAAGUCUGGUCAACAUCACGUCCUUUGGGCAGGUGGACUUUUUGGACUCCAAACAGGGCAGAGUGAAGGUUUUCCCAAACGAAGGCCGUCUGGGGAACUUCUCCAUACGCAUUGAUGCUCUUCAGGCCUCAGAUCUGGGCUCAUACUGCUGUGAGUUGCAUAGUAAAGACCAGUGCCAUCGAGUGGAUCUUGGAGAAGGAUUUGAGAAUACAUAUCUACAGGUGUUGUUUUUCAGCGUCGGUGGUGCGGCAGGUCUUAUAGUGCUUUUGAGCAUCUGUUUCUGCUUGAUGAAAUGGACAGGAGUUUCUUGUAAAAAUGAAGAUGACUAUGUCAACACCAGCAUCAGUUCAGGAGCCAGCCGCGAGCGACCCAUUUAUGAAAACAAUGAGCAUGAUCCAACAAAGAUGCAGCAUGAUCUAACCAUAAUUCAGCAUGAUCAAACCAGAAUUCAGCAUGAUCAAACCAGAAUUCAGCAAGAUCCAUCCAGAAUUCAGCAUGGUCCAACCAGAAUUCAGCAUGAUCAAACCAGAAUUCAGCAUGAUCAAACCAGAAUUCGGCAUCACCCAACCAGAAUGCAGGAUGAUCCAAACAGAAUUCAGCAUCACCCAACCGGAAUGCAGGAUGAUCCAACCAGAAUUCAGCAUGAUCCAACCAGAAUUCAGCAUCACCCAAACAGAAUGCAGGAUGAUCCAACCAGAAUUCAGCAUGAUCCAACCAGAAUUCAGCAUGGUCCAACCAGAAUUCAGCAAGAUCUACCCGGAAUUCAGCAAGAUCCAACCCGAAUUCAGCAUCACCCAACCAGAAUGCAGGAUGAUCCAAACAGAAUUCAGCAUCACCCAACCGGAAUGCAGGAUGAUCCAACCAGAAUUCAGCAUGAUCCAACCAGAAUUCAGCAUGAUCCAACCAGAAUUCAGCAAGAUCUAACUGAAAUUCAGCACCACCAAGAACCACCAAGAAAUCGUAAAAAAGCAGUUAGAUUCAGCAAUACACCCGCCAGAGAUUUGAGUGAGAAGAAAAAGGGAUUUCAUACAGAACUCAUGAAUAUUUUGCGGCAAUCAAGUCUCGGACGGCAUUACUAUGCAAACCAAGCAGAAAUCAACCAACAAGCCAGAGCACAGAUGGACAUCUGCCAAAAAGCAAAUGAUGCAGAGACCAACCAGGAGGAUAGAUCCCAAAUGGACAACACUCAAAGAGGACAUUUUCAGGGCAAGCCAAACAAAGAUAAAUGUGAAUAUGAAAAUCCUAUCUACAACAAGCGCAUAGACCAUCUGAACAAACGGUAGACAAAGACGAAUGAGAAACUGUGUCUCAGCUAUUUCAGCUAUUUAUGUUUCGGGUUGUAUUUCAGAUUUUGUAAAUAAAGUACAUCUUUAAAGUUUCUGUAAUGCAUCAGUAUAUUAUCCAAAAUGAAUAUGAGAAGCUCGAAGACGCUUUUUGAAAACCGUAUUUGCAUA